CGUGAUAAGAAUAUCGCCAAUCUCAGUUCGAAUAUUCCCGGCGAAUCGAGAACGGCAUGGUUCGCGGAGCCGUCGUCAGAUGGCGACUGUGGCGGGCACAUCCGCAGAAUCAAAAAAGACAGCUGGGAAGUGUAACAUCACACAUCGAUUCGACGGUCCUGCGAGCCCGAAAAACUUUCUGUUUUCCGCGUUUCUUGACGGCUCCCCCGCAUUUCUUUGACAAGGGACCCGCGUCCUGUCGCGUUUGUUUCGUCGAGUCGCGUGUGGUGUCGUGCAGAAAGUGACCGUUCCGCGGACCGAUGUGCCGACACAAAACGUGACUGUUGGUUAUGCGGUGGUUCCUGUCACGAACAGCAGCCCUCGUUCAACCCCCGUUUCACGACUCUCGCAUCAACGAAGGAGGGAAGCUCUGCAUGAUACUGGCGCGGAGGUCACUGCAUUGCGAUUGGCGGCGCUGCAGUAGCGUCGACGAGGACGUCGAGGACGACGACGGCGUGAUCGUGUCGCGGGGGUGGUGGGGUUGAAAAUCGGCGCUUGCCCGGUGUCUCCUGUGUGUGCCUCUCUCUUUCCCCCUUCGAUUCUCCUUCCCCUUUUUCCACAUCCACUACCCCCCUAUUCUCUCGGUUGCUGCCUCUUACUCUUACCCACGUGCGUGAGAGAUAAGUGUGCGUGUAGUGGCGACGCGUAAGGACGCACACGCGUCCCGUAUAGAGGGAAGCGAACGGCAGCGCCACCACGCGGCUGCGCGCACAGCACCGCGAUCCUGGCGGUGGUGGUGGUAACGCGCAACGUGGUGGGGGGCGCGUGUCACCUGUCGUGACGUUGCGCGGUGUCAGUGUGACGGCAACCGUCGUGGGUUGUGGAUCGUAUCGCGUCGCGUUAUCAGUCGAGUAACUUCGCGGGGUACAUCGGAGUACAGACGCACGAUCGUCGGUCCCGUACGUGGUGUGCACAGUCGUCGCCUGGGUUCUCUUUCCUCGUGGUUUGCCUCACCCCAACACCCGUUUGUCCGCGUCCCUUCGGUUUCGCCGAUUUUCGAGUCCGUCGAGGCGCGGUGCGAGCACGCCGCGUUCGAUUCUCACGAAUGUGCGUGGCUAGGGUGCCGGUCCUGAAGGAAACAUGCGUGAGCAGAGCUGGAGGACAACGACUGCGACAACGACGAGGAACGCGCAGCACGUGACUGCGGCACCCUCGCACGUUCUGCUGCAGUGAGUGGAGAGAGAAAGGGAGGGAAAAGAGAGUGAUAGAAACAACGUCCUUUCUCCUUCCGUUGUUACGAAAAUCGGAGUCCGUGCGUUAACGGGUAGUAAAAAGAGUGUGCCGGUGAUUGGUGCGGUAUACGUGAGUUGCUACUCGAGAUUCUUUCGUUCCGUGAUCCCCUAACGGUGGAGACUCCGAAUCCUGGCACGUUCCCGUUCGAACCACCCGAGAAAAGAUGAGGCGUACCAUCUUGGAAACCAGGAUGCACCCUCUGUUGUCCUGCUGGUGUGUCGUCGCCACGGUCACCCUCGCCUUCGCAGCGUGGCAAGAGAACAUCAGGCCGAAGAUGUACGUCCAGCUCGGUGCGGAGGAUGUGUUCAGGUUUACGGGAAACGAGACCCACACAGACUACUUUCGGCUGGUGCUGCGGGACGGGAACUAUCUUCUGGUCGGCGGAAGAAAUCUCGUGCACAACCUGAGCCUGACCGAUCUGACCGAGCAGCAGAGGCUGACUUGGUACUCCUCCGACAGCGAUGUGAAGAUGUGCCUGGUUAAGGGCACGCCCGAGGAGAACUGCCAGAACUAUAUUCGCAUCCUGGUGAAGAUGGACGGCACCACGUUGCUGGUGUGCGCGACGAACGCGUUCAAGCCGAUGUGCCGAGAGUACGGCGUGCACGCUGGCAAUUACACGAUACUCAAGGAGAAGGUGGGCCAGGCGAUGUGCCCGUACGAUCCCCGUCACAACAGCACCUUCGUAUACGUGGACGGGGAGCUCUACACCGGCACCGUCGCCGAUUUCGCGGGCAUGGACCCGAUCAUCUACAGGGAGCCGUUGCAGACCGAGCAGUACGACUCCAAGAGCCUCAACACGCCGAACUUCGUGAGCUCCAUGUCCCAGGGAGACUUCGUCUACUUCUUCUUCCGGGAGACUGCUGUAGAAUAUAUCAAUUGCGGCAAGACCGUUUAUUCUCGCGUGGCGAGAGUCUGUAAAUACGAUCGAGGCGGGCCGCAUCGGUAUCGCAAUAGGUGGACAUCGUUCCUAAAGUCUCGUCUAAAUUGCUCCGUCACCGGAGACUUUCCUUUUUACUUCAACGAAAUACAAUCAACGACGGAACUGAUAUCGGGUCAGUACGGGAAUAAGUCCGCGCAGCUGGUAUACGGCACUUUCACCACCCCUGUGAACAGCAUCAGCGGCUCGGCCGUCUGCGCGUUCUCCUUGCAGGACAUCGCCGACACCUUCAAGGGCAACUUCAAGGAGCAGAGCGCCAUCAACUCGAACUGGCUGCCCGUGCAGAGCACCAAGGUCCCGGACCCCAGACCCGGUCAAUGCGUCAACGACUCUCGCACGCUGCCCGACUUGACUCUCAACUUCAUUCACACGCACUCCCUUAUGGACGAGCUGGUCCCGAGCUUCUUCGGGCAGCCUAUCGUCAUACGCACCAGCUUCCAUUACAGGUUCACCCAGAUCGCCGUGGACCCCCAGGUGAAAACGCCAGGCGGCAAGACGUACGACGUGCUGUUCAUCGGCACCGACAACGGGAAGGUAAUCAAGGCGGUGAACGCAGAGUCAGCGGACACUCACCUGAAGGUCAGUCCAGUGGUGAUCGAGGAGAUCCAGGCGUUCCCGUCUACGAUACCGGUGCGAGGGAUAAAAGUGGUGAGAGCCUCGCAAGCCGGCGACGGCCUCGAGGACGGCAGACUGGUCGUGAUCGCCGACAGCCAGGUUCAGGCCCUGAGGCUCCAUCGCUGCUACAGCGAUAGGAUCUUGUCGUGCGGCGAGUGCGUGGCCCUGCAGGAUCCCUACUGCGCCUGGGACAAGGUGGAAGGCAAAUGCAGGGCCUUGGUCGGACCAGCGGCCACGGACGCCAGCAGAUUCUUGCAAAGCGUCGCCACCGGCUCCCACUCCUCCUGUCCGUUGAACAAAGGGACGAACAAGGACCCAAGCAGCGUCGGCGCUAUUUCCGCGAACCAGAACAAAUUUUCCCAGGACUCGAUGAUCCCCAACAAGGAGGGCCAGGGAGGGGAGAUCAUCAACAUUAUGCAGGACGAGGAGCAGGAUAGCUCGGGUCCAGAGGUGUCGGCAGCAGACUCACCACCGCCGCAGUACUCUGUGGAAACCCUGGUGAUGGCCGUGGUAGCCGGAGCGCUAGCGGCACUGUUGGUCGGCUUCGUGGCGGGCUACCUGUGCGGCAGAAAAUGCAGAAAAGACGAAGACGACAAUCUGCCGUAUCCCGACACGGAAUACGAGUACUUUGAGCAACGCAAAAACGUCAAUAGCCGGUUAGCGCCAGAGCCAAAGUUACUGCCCCAGGAGGAAGUGACGUACGCGGAACCGGUGCUCGUUCCGCAGCCGCCGAAGCUCCACUCCCCAAAGGGCACGAUGCGAAAACCGCCACCAACGCCGACGGAAACGCUGUUCCAGUUCCCGGACGGUUACGGUUUCCGCGGGCCCAGGGACAACUUCGGGACUCUACGAUCCCAUCAAGGUGACGCGUAUCGACGCAACGACGGGUUCGCGACCACCCGCAGCGUGAAGAAGGUUUAUCUCUGAGAAACGAGCGAGGAGGGAGGCGGCCGUCACCGGAGCCUAGGACGGCCAACGCGCAAUCGCCGUAACGCGAUUGUGACUUCCGGGGGACAGUCGAACCGCGAGCUCGCGGGCCCGAGGACGCUAGAAUCGCCCUCGCCGCCUUCCAGCGUCUCGUCCAGUUCCCCUUCACCUCCCUCCUCGUCACCCUCGCCAACCCUCGUAUCGAUCGCCAUGACAGGCGGUUCGCCGCCACCGCCGACACCGCCCUGCAGUUUCAUCUAUCGGACAUAGUCGUCGUCGUCGUCGUCGUCGGCGUCGGCGUCCACCUCACCGCCGCCGUCGUACUCCGCUUCUUGUUACGCGACGCCAGCCGCCGGGACGCCGUUCUACGGUUCCGCUGCGCGUUCCGAUCCUGUAUAGUAAGGGUGUGCUCGAGUCGUCGAGCCGGAGAGAACAAAAAUCGGCCUCGGUCGUCUCGGACCUAUGCGCGCUGACUUUCCCUGUUUUUGUCCGGUUUCGUUGCGCGUUACGCAUCCUCGGUUGCGUUCGCCAGACCGUUUGAAAUCGCAGGUAUAAUUGCCGGAGCAAACGCAGCGAUUUUGUUGUAAAAAUUGUUCCCAUGGACGGCAGGGGGCUCUCUACUCGCAGAGUGCCAAUGAUUCGAGUCCGACCUGACGGUAUCCCGAUGCUGGAACUUGGAGAGCCUGAACGUGACGAGGCGCGCUGUGGCGCGUAGUUUACGAUUAGUCUGGCAGUUGCGAGGGAUUAUCGCUGAAGUAAUCGCUGCCCAAUUCAGGUAGGUUCGAGGUUAUCUGUUCCACUCGAGGCUGUCUCAAGUCGCCUAGGGUUUGUUCCUACGAUUAUACACGCGCGUCGAUCGAGUCCAGAGAUCGCCGAUAUCGCGUCACGAGAAGAGUCGCGACCGGAAUCGAGAAACCACAAACAUGAAACACCUCUUCUAUGAUCACGGCCAGCGAAGUAUCGUCAGGACAGUUUCGAGUCCUUGUCCUCCGAGGAAGACGCCAGUAUUCUCACGUGUCGAUCGAGUUCCGGUGAUCAGGCUCGAUCGACGGGACGGUGAAUCGUCUCGCGACGUCGCGAUCUCCGCCGUUUAUAUCCGAAUACCGCGCGAGUAGUAUUACGGCAAGGUUUCUUCUCGCGUGAAGUCAAUUAAAAGAGACUAUCGUCGGGACUCGCGUUGCGAUUUUUCUAAUGUUGUAAUAUUUAACGAGCGAGCGAUCGACAGUGCCAUUAUUGUUCGCGUAAUACUACCGCGUGCCUCGAAAUCAACGGAUAAUCGUGCCGAUAAUCGCGGCGUUGCUUUGUUCUUUUUUUUUCUCGGAUGGAAAAAUAAUUUGACAAGAGAAGUAGAGGGAAAAGGGAAAUUGUCGUUUGGCUCCGUAAUCGCGGGCACCGUGAGAACACGAUCGUGAAAUCGCGGAGAUCGCCGCGUUGCCUUUUACGAUGAUUAACCCAAAGACGACUUCUCGAGUCUUGAUUGAUCGUAUACGUUUUUAAACAUUCGCGGAGCAUUCUGCUUUUUUUUCUAAUUAAUAUUUGUUCUUUCAGAAAAAAUUGUCGUUUUCUCUGUGUAGCUUUAACGUCAUUCGUGCGUUUUUUUUAUUAUUCUUCCUAUCGUUCUGUUUAUUGGAAAAGAAAACGUACAUUGAUUACAGUCAUCCUCUAUGGAAGUCAUCCUAGAGUUAAUCGGCAGACACUCGUAACUUUUCGCAGCACAAGAGUUUGAGUAGAGACUCGAGCUAAAAUGAAAGCGGUGAAACACUGACAAAUGUGGUACAACAAACAAGCGCGCGCGGUAAAUUGUCGACGGACUGUGAACACCGUUGCUAACCGCUGCGCUCGAAUAACCAUUUUCCGCAAAGUUCGUUCGUGCUGCGAAGAGUUAACUGCCGCUUACAGUCUGGGCGGCUGGCCACCGCCGACAAUUUCCCGCGGCCGAUUCCUAAUUUCGUCGAAUGUACGUUUCGGAAACGCGCGUUUCACCACCUGCACAAUAUACGUAAUAGUGAGGGAAGAGAGCAAGGGGAGAGAAAGCGUGUGUGACAGGUGUUUGGGAGAUGCAGAAGGAGACAAACAGAGAGCGUGGGAGAGAGAGAGAACGCGAGGGAGAAGGGACGAGAGUAGAGGUACAGGGCUUGUAUGUAAAUAAUACGUAUAUACAAAAGAGAUGAAAAAAGUAACAUAUACAACGGUUGGAAAGUUGUUACGAACGGCAGAGGGAAAGAAUUAAGAGAGACUCAGUCCACCUAGAAAUCUGGGCCCGAUGGUACACGUAGACAUCUAUCUUAAAGUGCUUCUUAUUUCAGUGUGUUUAGAGGUAACGCGUAUGUGAUAUAUUCUAUAUGACGAGAUGUUUUCUAGGGGUUCAGAGAGAAAGACAGAGAGUGAGACGGUCAGGGGAGGGUGGUGCGACUCGAACGACUCUCUUCGACGAAUUUCAGACGAUGGACGCGGCGAUGAACUCGACGGUCUCUUGUUCACACGAAUUCGCGUCGCUGCUAUCGAGAUUCGCGACGCUAACCCGGAUGUCGCUCAAGUGUUUCUGCUAAAUUCGCUCGAAUUACCAAUCGACUGUACAUAGAGUGUCAUUUUUUUGUAACGAAAGGAUGUAAUAGGCUAUACACGCGCCAAUGUUUGCUACAACGCUGUACGCUGCUGACAUCGAGUUUGCAUCGACUAUAUUUAGACAUUACAGGAAACCCUGUUCCUUUACGAGAACGACGGGAACGUUUGGGUUAGCUUCGCGAGGAUCCAACGUUUUCUUGAUUGUUGAAUUGUUCUCUUCGUGGAAUCGUCCGUCGAGUUGGCUCGUCUACCGCGGAAGAUAUCGACGGGAUUCGGUGAACAAUCGAGCGAGGGUGUCACGUCGCUUUCUUCUCGUUUCGUUCGUGUUUUACACGCACACGACAUACACCGUAAACACACGAGAAACCGACUUGUACGUUUGUCGCGGCGCAUUUUUCCGUUCAUCGACUAUCGCGACAGUUGUCGAUCGAUCCGAUCGAUCGGCCCCAUUUUCAAUUGAGAAACGAAGGCCCGCCCUUGCCACACUCGCCCCCUUAAACGGUAAGACUGAAAAGACUCCUCUCGAAAGGGCGGGCCCCUUUAUCCGUUCCUCGUUCUUAGAGUACCGUUUAGAUCGGCAUCGACGAACACGGUUUCCUUUGUUGACAGUACAAAUAUUUCGUCGCGUUUCGUCAUCGAUCGUCGAGAACGUUCCGUGUCUAGCGUGAUUUUCAACGCUUAGGCGACGCUUUUCUCGCGAGAAGAUCGUAGCGAUGUGAGCCACCUUUUUCUUCAAUUUGGGAUGGCUGCAUUUACGCGCAUAAACGAAAGGGGUUUUCGCUCUUAACGUAAAGGGAGGAAUGCACGUUCCGAUCGGAAACGUCAUAUGCAUAAACGUAAUUCUACUUGACUCUUCGUUACGUGGGAAGAGGUCAGGUCCGGAAUGGGCACAGGACGUUCAGCGGUCGGCGAUCGAAACGACGGGUUGUCGCGUAGAAGACGACGCGAUUUUAUACACGUACCGAGCACGUGCAUACAAACACAUAUACACACAGUGGCGCGGAAAUCCGCGCGUUUCGAAGCUGCCAUGUAGAAUCGAGUCCGACACUUCUCGUCGAUUGCGAAAUAUCUAAUUGUACCUCCGGUGGUAGAGUGGCGUGUAUUUUUAACGACUUGCUUUGACGCCGGUCCGGUAGGGGAGCGGACGGACCGUGUUUUCUAAGUUUGAUACGAUAAACGCGAGUUCGCGUUUUAAUCCGGUUAAGGUUCUACUAAAUCACCCUUAGCGAUCGUUUCGCGAAUGGAAGACUCGGGCACGAUACCAAAGAUAAUUUACUCGUAAACUAGGCACCGUUGGUCGUCGCAACGAUGGUUCGGAGGCGCACAAAACGACAGGGACGCGGUGGCCCCUCGCACAAAAGCACCCCCGCGGUUCAGGGACAAGGUGUGUAGACUCUUCGAACCCAUUUCGUUGCCCUUCUUUUCCGGUAACGGUGUUCAGAAGUUUGCUAUUUUUAUAUUUAACCCAGUCGCGCCAUUUUUUAUUUACUCUGUUGGCCAGAUUAUAUGUGUUCAAUCGAUGAAAAGCUCGUGCCACUGUUUUCAACGCUGCGACAGACAGCGUCUAAUAGUGACUAUUUUUGCUACUCGUUUGGUAAAGGAAAUAUUUAAUGCAGUAUCCGUUGACAUACCCUCGGAAAUUAGGAAACGAUGCUUUCUAAAAGAAACGUAUUUAGAAUAUUGUUCGGAAAGUCUAGGAAAGGUCGCGAAUCUUGCAGAGUGCCCACCAAACUUAUUUUUAAGUCAAACGCUUUUCACGUUAAACACGCUGUAUUUACGAAUAUAUUAUCGUACGAAUACGCCAGCAUUUCCGUUCUUUUGUGGUUAUUUGUGUUUUGAAAUGAAUAUUCUAUCUUUGAACGCAGAAUCAAAACAGAAAUGUACACAGAUUGUAAAGUCAAUUGAAUCCUUCUUUUCCAAACAAGCGUGCCAAACGUUACUCUUCGGCGCUGUUUGUCCGCGCGUCGGUCCUUGCCAAAACUUGUUUACUGGCUAAUUUCGUGUCGUCCCUUGAAAAAAGGAGGGGGCACGCGGGUUCGAGGACGGUCCACGGCAGUCGGGGGCCCCCCGAGUCGCGAUUACGAGAGCCAGGGAGAGGAUAGGAGGACGAUCGAACGAUCGCGCGACGUUGGAAUUAAGUAAUGCAUGAAAAGCUGCGAGAGUUGCUAGCGCGCGAUCAGAGAGAUAUUUUUCGUGACGGGAGUAUCGAGGCAGCGCGUCGAAGGGAUAGAAGGAUGACGAGACGAAGCUGAAUCGGGGCAAACGAAGGAAUUACGAGAGAGAACGGGAAAUCAGAGUUGUAUAAUGUUUAACGAUAUUAUUAAUCGAGCGCGUCGAUGCUCUCGAUGAGAGUAGACGGGGACGAUUCAAGUAUCGAACGCGUUCGAAAGUCGCGCGUUCGCGUUGUUUAAGCCAAUAAGGAACGGAUUCCAUCCAAGAUACAUAACAAAAGAUAAAUAAAUAAAUAAAAAAACAAACAAACAAACAAAACUAAACGAUGAAAAUUGAUUCGCGAUGGCGUUCGUCGAGACGGACGAAUUUGUUUUCGGGGUGAGGUUCGUUGAAUUUCUCUCGGUGUGGUUCGAUCGUGAACGCGAGAAGGGUUGGAGAAGAGGGCGAAGGAGGGAGAACCGAAAAGGGAAUUUGGGGAAAACGAAACGCGAGUUGGGGAAAAUUUGCGUUGCCGAGACGUUGCGCUAGACGAGAGGCGCGCGUGCGAUGGUUUCAUGCAUUAUUUCAUUUCAAACGCUUGGAAAGCUCGAGUUUAUUUGUCUGUAAAUUUCUAACGGGUGAACAAAAAGGAACGAAAGUGUGGCUAGAAAAGGAGCGAAUGAGCGUGUGCUUGAGCGUGAGAAAAAGUUUAGCCAGUUAUUACGAUUAUUAAAUCGAGGAAAAAAAAAAUAUUAGAUAGACACACACACACAGAACAUUACACACAGAAAACACGCAUACACACCCACGUGGCCUCCUCGUUUGAGUAGGAGCGCCACCGGUUUAGAAAUCGCAGCAUGUACGAGGACAAGAGUUCGACGAUGAAAGCUUAGAUAUAAGUAGAGGAUUAGCGAACGGUAUAUAUAUAUAUAAAUAUAAAUAUAAAUAUAAAUAUAAAUAAAUAUAAAUAAAAAAUAUAUAUAUAUAGAACGCUUGAAACGUAUAUUAAUAUUAUAACUUUUUAUAAAUAUAUUUUUCCGUCGAAGUCUAGCCUAGUUGGAUACAUACACGGUUAUUAACGACUAUUAAUUUAUCCGAUCUGAUUAUUAAUAUCGAGGAUCUAGCGUUAAUUCGAACAUUUUAGACGUCAUAGUUUUACAAUGAUAGGCGGAGAAAUUGUACGAAGCCGUGAGUCACUCGAAAAAGACGGGGGAGUAAUAUUCGCGGAACGAGGGGCGAGCCGAAGAACGACGAAGUCGAAGAAGAGACACAUUAGUACCUAAAGUUAUGAAAUUUAACUACUAGCGUUGAACGUAUUCGCGGAAGGGCAGCUCGCCUGCUCCGCGAUCCAUCGAGCAUGCGAAAUCCUUAUCGGCAUCGAAAACAAUCGUUUAACGAACAAAAGGAACUUUGAAUUACAGAUCGAAAUCAUAUAUUUCACGGGGAACGUACGAGUUCAUUCGAUCGAUCGAACCGCCUUUUCCAGUUCGUCAUCCGUCACGCGAAUAAGGUUUUGCCGACGAUCCAUCCUCCCGCGGAGUCCUCGACGACAAGAGUCGAGGAAAUUGUUCACCGCGCGGGGUACGAAUCGAGGUGAUCGCGAAGCGACGAGUCGGCCCCUCUCGUGCUUUGUAAUUAAGUGACAAACAAACGGAGCGACCGAGAGUAUAGUUAGAGAGCAAGAUCGAAUGAUAGCGCGAGCGUGACGAGUGCGAAAGAGAGAGAGAGAGAGAGAGAGAAAAAAAAAAGUCGUACGAGAAGAGAACGUGUAUACAUACGCAUCUAUACAUAGUCCACGUAUACAUAGACCCUUCGUUUGAUUUUCUCUUCUUCUGUUUCCUCUUGGGUUUGUUUCCAGAGCUGAAGGGAGAAGGAAAGAAACGGGAGACACAGAGCGAGAUGAGGUCGAGGGCCCGGACGCGCGGGGCGUCCCGAAAAAAAACCCACCGUUUCGCGGGUACUGCGGGCCCUCGUCGCGCGUUCCGACACGAGCGAGCACUAAUUUACAGCAUUGUAACGCUAAUUAAUAAUUACCGAUAACUACCGAGUAAUAAUCAUACCGAUUAAACUAAAGUAAUAGAUCGAUCGCGGUUCACCCAGAGGAUUUUUAAACGACGACGCGUGGGAGGGAAAAUGAAAAGAUGAUACGAACGCAUAUAGUAUUUAUUCAACGAUAAAGUAACGAGACGUAACACGUAUUUUGCUUCUUCCUAAUACAGUGCCGUUUACGCUAUUUUUUACUGUAACUGAUAUAGAGAAAUUCGGGCCGGGGGUGUGCGCGCGCGGCGUUCGGAGGGGAGGGUGGGGGGGGAGGGGCAGGCGCGUGGCCACCCUUCCAAACAAAUGUGCGUGCGAUUUUUCAGCGUGAAAGGAUUGUUACACGUGCGCGAGAGCGAAAGAAGCGAGAGCUGGCGCGUCGGGUUCAGAGACGGGCACGCUUCUUAUCCGGAUACAAAUGAAAUUAACUUGAAAUGAAACUUUAGUUCGCGUUGAACUAGCUUCUGGAUAACUGAUCGAUCGAAUGUGUCUUUACUCGACGUUUUUUUUUUUUUUUUUUUAUUCGUUAUUACAGGAACGAAAUGUUGCCCGUCUUUGAUCGAGUUUCUAAUGCGAUCGGCCGUCGUGCGUUUUGACGAAAAGUGACUCCGAGAGGCGCGACUCUGGCACCUUUUUCGACGAUAGUUUGUUCUUCGACAAAGUACGACACAAGAUUUGGACCUAAGGACACGUCCAUAUAAAUUGGACGCGUUCAAAGGGGCACCGCGAUCCGUAACCCUCGUAAAAUCUCCGUCGCUGGCGUCGCAACGAAUUCACUGUCAAUUACAACCGAACCACCGGCACAGCUUUCAGUCGUUCCACGACAGUCUCGCGACUCCGUGUCCAGUAAAUGUAGUUUCACACGAUUUUUAAGUAAACGCGAAAGCGGACUCGACGCGUUGUCCGCCGAGGGAUGGAGAUGUUUCACGACGAAUAAUUCUGAGAAAGCUAGACCAGAGUCGCGAUUUCGGGAGGAGGGGGGGGGGGGGGGGGGAAGGCUGAACGAAUCGAGGGGUGGGCCUUUUACUUAAAUGUCGCGCACGUACGCGCGACUCGCCGUAAUUCACUAGUGAGAACACCAUUCGAUAUUAAUCGACGAGAGCGCGUGAAUGCAUCGUAUGGAUGGCUGUGCGUGUGCGCGUUUGCAUGAAAUAAAAAGUAGCGAGAAAGAAAAAAAAAGAAACUUGGGGGGAAAAAAGGGAAACGCGAAGAGUGAAAAUUUUUGGCGCGACGUUUCAGUGCCCGCGAGGAAAUUCCACUUGUUCACACACGGCUCCCCGGGUCCCCGUGGUCCCCAUGGGAAUCGUUCUCCCGCGGAGUCGAACCGAUUUUAAAAAAAAGAAUAUAGCACCGGGGGAAUGAAUAAUAAUUAAUAAUAAUAUUAAUGAUACUAAUAAUAACGAUAUUGCAUUAAUACCGAAGGUAUAUUAUUGCCGAUAAUUAUAUUGUAACGACACGAGAAUGAUAUUAUAUGAUACUCUUUAUAAACGCAGGAGGCGAGUGGGUGAGACGCGAGAUUCGAAAGCGUGUGCGCGACAGAGAGAAUGGUAAUCUAACGCGUGAACGUGACUACGGAGCGACUGUGAGAAAGAGAGAGAGAGAGAGAACGUGGAAUGUCGUGUAGAUUUUUUCGCAGUAGGCUGACGGUAGAGACACGGCGAGUCUACUAUUAAUGGAGGAAAAACCAAGAAAAUAAUUAAAAAAGUAAAGUAAAAAAAAAAAAAAUAUCAUAACGCGAAAAAAGGUAUAGUAGUGAUUUACUAUCGGCUGACACGUAGCGUGAAUGCUGACAUAGGAGAAGCAUGCUGGCAACGAGUGCUUUUGUGGAUUCCGGAGGCGGAUGUUGAACGAACGACCUCGGCUCGCUUUGGCCUCCCUCGUCCGCGGUUAAUUUUAUUCGGUACCGCAGCCAAACGUAGGCUAAACUCUCGCGUAGAUACAAAAUUUCGUUACGGACCACCUUUUGGUCUCCUAUCUGUUCGAUGAAAAUUGCAAUAACUUACUCGAAUAAUCGCAAAUAAAUUGCUAGCCGGAAUAUUUAUUCGCGCAUUCGAAUAAAAUUCUGCCCAUCUCUUGAGCGGAACUCUCGAGACGCCUGCUUUUGCCAGGAAGAGAGGAUCUCCCGCGGCGACAGGGGGUAAGAGCGAGCCAGGUGGAGCGGGAACGCGAGAGAAAAGGGGGAACUCGUUUCCAUUACCGUAUUGCGGUCGUCGUGCCUGACAUAGUUCGCUAUUAACCCUAGAAGGACCGAGUCGCGUUAAAUUCCAAGGGUGGGAGACCACAUUUUCCAUAUUUUUAAUUGGAACACGAUCUUCAACGGCUGCUAUUGCGAGCAAUGUUAAGUUCUACGUUUGGGAAAUUAACACGCUCCUUUCUCGAGAAGUAAAAUGUUCCUUUCGUCAUCUUUUUUUUUUUUUUUUUUUUCAAGAUGUAUAGGCUGUCAACGAAAAUUGUGAGACUUUCGUUAUGUAAAUAGGAAGAGUAACCAAAGAAUCGUGAAUUUUUAUUCAUCGAUGACACAGAAUACGCGUAAAAUUGUACAAUAAAUUUAUUUAUUUACCUUUUGGGGACACGGAAUAUUUCCUGAUCGAUGGGGUCGUCGAGUCCUCUUACUUGGUCUUUCUAGGGGUCGGGAGAAGGGUUUGAGAGACGCAGGUGAAGCGUAGAACGUGGGAUAAGGGUCGCAGGGAUGGAAAGAUCGUGCGCAGGACGGAUGCGAGAGAACGCAGGGGAACGGAGAAGAGUAUCGAGAGAAAGGAGAGAGCGAGAGAGCGUGAAAAUGAGGGGAAUGCGCGGAUGGGAGCGAGCGAGAGGGAGAAAAUGAAUAGGCGCGACUGUAGAUUCGGAAUGUCACUUAGCCAGCAGACUGCUGUUCAUAGUGCCCUGUUAUAGUGGGUUCCCUAGGCAGAGCGGCAGAGACGCGAUUAAAAAGCGAAAACGAUGGAGUCGGACUUAGGGGUGGCGCCGAGCGAGAGUGCUGGGGAAAGAGUACGCGUAGACGAGAGACCAAAGACGCAGGGAAUCGGAAGAGACGCUAGCAAGCAUCUGAGAAAAAAAGAAGGCGAAUUGACUUUUGCACCGCGACGACGCCUGCCUAGAUUUAUGGCAGGGACGAGCGAAUUUCUUAUCCGGAUAAGUGUUUUGGCUAACAUUGUUUCUUCAAUUAAAAUUACUGUAUGAAACGCGAGGUGAAAUUGUGCAUUUCACGUUGGAAAAAUGAAAAUCGUCUCGGUGAUAGUUAAACGAUCAGAUAGAUUACUGUAGAAUAUUCUUGUUGUUGUUCGAACGAAAUUUUGUCCGUCUCUGCUCAUCGAUGGCUACGAUCCCGCCUAGAAUCGCGUCGGGACGCCAGCUGCGACACUCUCCAAGGUUCCGUUAGUUUUUUGGAGGAACCAUUACACCAACCUGGCGAGAACCGAUCCGCCAGUUAUCGAGUAGGGCCAGGGCUCUCUCGAAUUGUUCUGUAGUCGACUGUUCGAAAACUAUUCGAAUACUUGACCGUUCUAAUACCCACUCGAAUACUUCACUGUUCGGAUAGUAAUAUUUGAUAUUCGAGUGUAUGAAAAUGUUCCACGUUUAUACGCGAUAUUCGAGUACAUUGAAAUGAUUCGAGUAGUCUCGGGCCCCAGUCUCGAGGAACAGUGACGAGCGAUAUCGUAUGGUACUACUACUACUGCAAAUCGGUAGAUACGAUCGGUACUACCGGCAACUAUUAAUGCUAGGGUUACUAUUACUACUACUACAUUACUACUACUACCGUUUACGAGCGCAGGACGCGGCUCUUGGUCGGGAUCGUCGUUCGUCGCGCGAUUUCCAGUUCCCUUCGAUCGAUCGAGGUAUCGUAAAAAGCGGAGAAGAUGUUCGAUCGCCUCUUGAAUCGCAAAUAUUUCCAUCGAGGUCUCUCUAGGUCGAUACGGACGUGAAAGAAAAAAAAGUAGCUUGGUUGAUAUACGAGGUACUCCGCUCUCUGCCCACGGGACCCUGAUCUAUUUUUCAGAAUACGCUAUUGUGAUUAUUACUAUAUGAUAACAAUUUAAAAAAAAAAAAAACCCACUGAAAACCACAAAAAACACCUUGUACUAUUGUUUAUUAUACGAUUCUGACGAUUAUUAUUUACAAUGUUAAUAAUCUAUAUUAACGAUAAUUACCGCAUUAUACCAUUAUUAUAUUUAGUACUAUUUAGAGAGUGAGGCUGCUACUAUAUUAAUGAAUUAAGUACUAUAAGUAACGGAUUAAGUAAUUCAUUAGACUUUAUAUAUAAAUAUAUAAAUAUUACUAAACAUACUCUUCGCGUCAAAACUGCGUUUAUCGGUUUUUCUCUUCGUAUACACGUUGAUUUCCUAUACAUAUACGAAAUAUAUAUAUAAAUAUUAUAAAUAUGAAUAUACAUAAAGUAUUUAAUAAUCACACCGUACGACUGCCUCUGACUCGAUUUUUCUUUUCCGGCCGUGCUUGUUCAGUCGGCGUUUACGAGCGUUCUUUCGUUUCACCCAUUUACAUUCGACGACUACGUUAUUUUAUAUAUCAUAAAUAGACAUAGACUGUACCACGAAAUAUUAAGUAAAAAUAAAUUUGAUUAGGUAAUA